AUGAACAUACUCAGAGUAGAAGAUUACGACAAUCCUUUUGCCUCUCUGAAAGACCUGUCUUUGAAGGAUAGGCCUAUCUUUGAGACUCGCAAGCGACUUCUAGAUCUUCCAACCAACGUGUUAAAGAAGAUAUUACGAGAACUACUAGUUCGACCGACACAUAUUAUGCCCGGGAUCGUUCGAGAAAAGGGCCCUUGGGCCUCUGCCCCGAAGUUACGUUACAGAUAUCAAUGGAGCGAGGCACGUCAAGAAGAAUAUGAAAGUCAAAAUCUUCCCAAGACUGUUAAAGGCCAGAAAAUACAGGUCUUUUGGGCUGCCAGUCCCACUAGAGAAGAGGCUCAAAUUAUCGAAGAUGGCUAUAAUCAACUUACCACCGUUACUAAAGACGGUCAGGAGAUCCAAGGAUUUAUCCAUAAUCGCAAGGACUACGGCGUUCAAAUUAUUCAUCGAUCGACUGUUCCUAUCACUGCGAUAUCUGGUGUUGCAAUUCUUCGUUCAUGCAAGAAGUUUGAGAGAUUGGGAACCACUGUACUUUACGAAGAAAACUCCUUCUUGUUCGACACACGCGGUCUUUCACCUUUCGUCGAGCCUCAAACCGUAGUUACCAUGAAGCAUCUCACCCAUAAGCCAAAUGAAAUUCCAGGUCGUUGUCGUGAUGACGGCACACUACCGAAUAGGCAACAAAUCAAUCGCUCCAUUGACAUGAUCUUCGAGCAGAAUCAAGAAAAAUCAUCAAAGUUCAUCUACCAAGACCCAUUUACCAGAUUCUUAACGGAGAUCGGCCGUAAUAAUGCGCCACACAUCACGAAGAUCGUCAUCCAAGGAAGAUGGAACUGGAUUCACGGCACAUGGAAGGAUACAGGAUCGCAGGCAGUUGGACUUCAUGAACUUCUCCCGAUAUAUACUUUGAUUCUAGAGGACGUAUGCAAGAAUAUCCAUACAGUGAUUCUGCAUGACGACGACCAAGGUUAUCCUCAGGUAAGCCGACUAGGACCGUUGGGGAUUGAUAAGGACAAGGAAAUAAGCGAAUCUGUCGAGAAACUCGUUCAUGAGCUUCCAUAUCUUCAAAAUUUGCAAUUAGGCCUAUAUCAAUUUGUGCCAGCAGGCUGUGGUUACGAUCCGGGUGUUCCUGGUAGCGAUAUAUCGGUCCAUGAGCAGCCAAAUGACGAAUGGGGAAAGGCUUUGAAGUGGAUGGGGUUUGUUCAACAACGAGCCAAGAGCCGCAAAGAUGCGCAGGCACAGUAUCAGAAGGCAAUAGAAGCUCGAUGCGUCACCGAUGUUUAA